AGAGAGAGAAAGCCCGACCGACCAGCUGCUGAAGAGCUGCAUGCAACCGGUGGGAAGCCGGGCCAGCCGGGGAGGAGGCUCGGGCCGUUCUUCGGCUGCUCCCUGACGGCGAGCGCGGACGGCCCGGAGGCGGCGGCUCUGAGCUGGCAGGCGGAGGGUUGUCUCCUGCGCCCGCCUGCCCGGCGCGGUCCGAGGAUGCGGGGGGGCGAUGCCCGGGGCCAGGGACGCGCUCUGUCACCAGGCGCUGCAGCUGCUGGCCGAGCUGUGUGCCCGUGGGGCCCUGGAGCACGACAGCUGCCAGGAUUUCAUCUACCACCUGCGGGACCGCGCCAGACCCCGGCUCCGCGACCCAGAUAUCUCGGUGAGCCUGCUGACCCUCGUGGUCACUGCCUGUGGCCUCGCGCUUUUUGGCGUGUCUCUCUUUGUGUCUUGGAAACUCUGCUGGGUUCCGUGGCGAGAACGAGGCCUGCUCUCUGGUAGCAAAGAAAACAAUCGGGAACCUCUUAACUACACGGACACAGAAACCAAUGAGCAGGAAAACAGUGAGGGCUUCCUAGACCCUCCUACCCCCUGCCUGGACGCCUCCAUGAAGAUCAGCCACACCUCCCCUGACAUUCCCCUCUCGACCCAGACCGGGGGCCAGGAGAACUGUGCCCAUGGCGUCCGUGUGCAGCGCCAAGUCACAGAGCCAACCUCGUCGGCCCGGCAUAAUUCAAUCCGAAGACAACUCAACCUGUCAAACCCGGACUUCAAUAUCCAGCAGCUUCAGAAACAGGAACAGUUGACUGGAAUUGGUCGAAUUAAACCAGAGUUAUAUAAGCAGAGGUCACUGGAUACUGAUGAUGGGACAAGGGGUAACAGCAAAGCCUGUGGGAAACUGAAUUUCAUUUUAAAAUAUGACUGUGACUUAGAGCAGCUCAUAGUGAAGAUUCACAAAGCUGUCAAUUUGCCUGCCAAGGACUUUUCCGGGACUUCAGAUCCUUACGUCAAGAUCUAUUUGCUUCCCGAUCGGAAAACCAAACACCAGACUAAAGUUCACAGGAAGACCCUGAACCCGGUGUUUGAUGAAGUGUUUUUGUUUCCAGUUCCCUACAAUGACCUUGCGGCCCGGAAGCUUCACUUCUCUGUGUAUGACUUUGACAGGUUCUCUCGCCAUGACCUAAUCGGCCAAGUGGUGGUGGAGCACUUCUUAGACUUGGCCGAUUUCCCCAGGGAGUGCAUCCUUUGGAAGGAUAUCGAGUAUGUCACCAAUGACAAUGUGGAUCUUGGAGAGUUGAUGUUUUCCCUCUGCUAUCUUCCAACUGCUGGCAGGCUGACCAUUACCAUUAUAAAAGCAAGGAAUUUAAAGGCAAUGGACAUAACAGGAGCCUCAGAUCCCUACGUGAAAGUAUCGCUGAUGUGUGAUGGCAGACGACUGAAGAAGAGGAAAACAUCCACCAAGAGGAACACUCUGAACCCUGUUUACAACGAAGCCAUAGUCUUUGACGUCCCUCCAGAGAACAUUGACCAAAUCCACUUGGCCAUAGCUGUCAUGGACUAUGACCGUGUAGGUCAUAAUGAGAUCAUCGGCGUGUGUCAAGUAGGCAACGAAGCUGAGAGGCUGGGCAGAGACCACUGGAGUGAAAUGCUGUCGUAUCCUCGGAAGCCCAUCGCACACUGGCAUUCCCUGGUGGAGAAACGAUGACUAUUGGUAAGAGGAUUCUUUGCGCCAAGGACACAGUGGGACACCCACCUUACAAAGAUCUUAAGUAACUUUUCCCAUCCAACAACACCCAGACGACUCCAGUGACCAAAUGCUGAGCUGUAACCACAGCAAUAACUGGCCCUCUUUCUGGAUUAGGUUUGGUGAAUGUGAAUGGUCUGGCCAUCUUCCAGUGGCCUAAGGUGGUGUGCUACAGGGGGAGCAUGACUGUCAUGGCCAAGAACCAAGGUUGGACUACGGAAGAAACCACGUGAUGUAGUGGGAAAACUAAGAGUACCCUAGAGCGCUAGGACUCUUAGUGACUAACAUGAGGCCCUUGGUGAUGGGGUCACAGCACCGCCCUGGCAGCGUCAGUCUGACACGAUGUCAUUUGCUUGAAUGCCCUGGAAGGACCGAAUAUGUAAACAUAUAUCCAGGUGCUAAACAGGCAGCAGAUCUAAUUCACCCUGGACUACAUUUGAGCUAGUAACUGUCUUCAGAAAAUAAUUUUACCCCAAGAAGUGCUCCAGCUUUGCAAGGAAUAGCCCCAGGAGAGUAAGAGGAGAAGCAGGCUGUUCCCCCGGAAAAAAUCUAGUGCAAGGAGGGCUGAUUCACAGCAAGUUCACUGCCCCCUCCCAUGCACAUGGCAGAGAGUACCAGUUGACCGUAAUCCUCUCUUGUGCUAAACCCACAUUCUGAGGAGUCAGAAUCCCGGGCAGUGUUUUCUAGAUGGUCAGCAGCCACUUCCCAGCAACUGCUGUCAACGUUAAAAUGAAAGUUACCUGCUGUCUCUGUUAGAGAGGCCCGUGACUCAAGGGCAUAAGCGUUCUGGAAUACCUUUCCCGGGCAUGGUUGUCCUUGGGGGGAACAGCCGCAGGAACAGGUGUACUG